AUUUAAUCAUUCAUGCACAGUGCACUCCAGUUUCCAGUCUCCAAACUCCACCAGGAAAGAUCUGUUCAUUGCCUUCAUCCUUCAGCCUUCAGGAAUGGUGCACGCGGAGGAGGUGAACGCUCCAGCCAUGGAAAGAGCAGACAUGAGGCAGAAUCCUGAGAGUACGGUAGAGGAUGCUGCUGCCAUCGAGAAGCUCGACGGUGAUCACCUUUUCAAAAACAUGUUGGACGUUGCCCCACAGACACAGGUUGAAUACGUCAGCAGCAACUACGCCAGGCUGCCCUGGGAACUAGAGGACCCCGACAUAGUAUUUGAAAGGACUGCUUUAUACAUUGCAAGUCUGAAAGACAUCCUUGAUGGAAGCACGGCUGCUCGCAUGGGGGCCGAGCAUUCUGUUUGGGCAGCAACAUGCAGCAUCUACUUCUCGAACCUAAUAGAGGGGGCUGGGCUUUCCCUGAGCGACACCCACAAGCUGUGCGUCAAGAUCCUGAAGGGAGAACCAGUAGGAUUGGAAGAAAAUCGCUCGAACAGUAGGCAGAGCAGGACGGAAGUGCUACAGCAUGCGGAAGCAUUCCGAUACCUGUAUACAGAGAUGGUCACAGAAGGGAAGCCGCUAGACUUCCUGAUUUUACAAGAAACACACAGGAUCCUGAUGACUGACAUGGUACGGGAGGAUGGAAAGAAGGUCGGAGCGGGAAUUUUCAGGACAGAGCCUUGCAAUGCAGGGCAGCACCAGUUCCCCUUUCCUGCCGCCAUUGUGGGAAGUCUCCGCUGGCUCCUGCACCAGUAUAAUUGGCGGGAGCAUGAACAAGACAGCGAUCCGUUUGAGCUUGCCGCAUGGCUGUCGUACGAGUUUGUCGCGAUUCACCCCUUUGAUGAUGGGAACGGAAGGAUGAGCCGUCUGCUCAUGAACAUGGUGUUGCUGUCCCGCGGGCUGGCGUUUCCAGUUGCGCUGGGCUUCUCUUCGGGUCACCGGCAGGCAAAGCAGCAGUACCUGCAGUGCAUUAGGAAUGCGCAAGCCAGGCAAGGAAACACGAACAGGCUGGCAACAAUUAUCCUCUAUGCGUAUCAGUCUGUGGUUGGAAGCUUCUUCGAGAAUGUGCGGCUGGUUGCACCCGACGAGUUGCCGGACCGGCUGAGCUCGAUCAGCAAACUCACUGCACAGCCUAGGUGA